AUGUCUAACAAUACUGAGCUUAAAAUUAUUGAUAAUUCAAAUGAGUGGAUUGAUUGGAUUAAAGAAUCUAUUGUGAAAAAACAAAUAAAAUUUUAUGACUAUAAUAUUCAGGAAAUUGGUUUUGAAAAUAUUGGAAAAAUCUAUCGUAUGAAUCGGAAAAACUCUUAUAGUUAUUUAACGUUGAAAUCUUUUUUUAAUUUUAAUAUUACAGUUAAAAAAAUUAUUAAUGGAAUUAAACUUCAACGUGAAGCGGAUUUUCAUGAAAAUAUAAUUCGUUUUUAUGAAAUCCAAAACGAUAAUUCAAAAAAAUAUUUGCUGGUUAUGGAAUAUGCUGAUAGUGGUACUCUUCGAAACUAUUUAAGUGAACGGUUUGAAAAUCUAACUUGGAAUGAUAAAUUAAAUCUAGCAUUUCAAUUAACUGAUGCUUUAUCGUAUUUACAUGAUAAAGAAAUCGUGCAUCAUGAUUUACAUUCUAACAAUAUAUUAGUUUAUAAAAAUACUAUCAAAUUGACUGAUUUUGGAUUGUCAAAAAGGAUUAAGGAAUUGUUUAAUUUUCAAUCAAAUUUACUUGAAAUGAUCACCCACGUUGAUCCACGAAUUUUUAAUAGAAAAAGUGAUAGCAACAACAAAAUUAAAUUAUCAUUAAAUAAAAAGAGUAAUAUUUACAGCAUUGGCAUAAUCUUAUGGGAAAUAUCUAGUGGCCAACCACCUUUUUAUAAUGAAUUACAUGAUGUUGGCUUGGCUAUGAAAAUAUCACAAGGUCUCAGAGAAAAACCUGUUCCAAAUAUAUUCGAGGAUUAUAUAAAAAUAUAUACUGAUUGUUGGAAUAAUGAACCAGAUGAUCGCCCAACUAUCAACCAAGUUGUUACUAAAUUAAAUGCAAUUAUUUCAGAUUUUAAGCAAAACGAUUCUAAUGCAAAUAUUCAAUUAUCAAGUGAAAAACUACUUAAAUCAAAUAUUGAAGUUCCUGAAAAAAUUAUAGAUAAUUCAUUACAUGAAAAAAUGUCACAAGUUAUUCAAACUUUCAGUAGGAUAAAUAUAAAAGAAAUAGAACCUUCAAUUUUAACAAAUCUAAUCAUAAAUGAUUUUGAAACAAUGGUUAUUGAAAUCAUUUUCUUUCUCGAAAAUAUAGAAACAGAAAGGAGAAAACAUGAAAUUAUUGAUUAUCUGAAUAAUUAUAAUAUAACUUUACAGGAAAUUUAUUACUGGUUAUCAAUUAAUCAGAAUGAUUCAAAUUCAAUUUUUUUACUUGGAUUAUUUAAUCAUUUUGGAAUUGAAAUUAGUGUUAACAAACAAAAAGCAUUUGAAUUACUAUACCAAAAUGCGGCAAAUUCAGGAAAUGUUUCUGGAAUAAUUAGUUUAGGAUAUUGUCAUGAGAAAGGAAUAGGAACUAAUGUUAAUAGACAAAAAGCAUUUGAAUUAUAUCAAAAGGCAGCAAAUUUAGGAAAUUCACGUGGAAUAUAUAAUUUGGGAGUUUGUUAUAAUAAUGGAAUUGGAACUAGUAUUGAUAAUCAAAAGGCAUUUGAACUAUAUCAAAAGGCAGCAAAUUUAGGUAAUUUACUUGGAAUAAAUAAUUUAGGACAUUUUUAUUUAAAUGGACUUGGAACAAAUGUUAAUAAACAAAAGGCAUUUGAAUUAUUUCAAGUGGCAGCAAAUUUAGGAGAUUGUAUUGCUCAAUCUAAUCUUGGUUUUAUGUAUGAAAAUGGAGAAGGAAUUGAAAAAGAUAUAAAUCAAGCAAUUUAUUGGUAUCAAAAAUCUGCUGAUCAAGGAGAUCAAAUAGCUCAAGAAAAGUACGAUGAAUUAAUAAGUGAAGAGUAUUAAUUUGUAUAUAAAUUCUUUUUAGAAAUCUAGAAAAAAAUUUAUAGGAAAUACAAUAUGAAAUUAUGAAAUUAUUGGCCUGGUUAUUUUUAGAAACAAAAAAAAUCUAGCGGUAUAAUAAGUUCUUUAUAUUUUAAAAUUUUAACUAGGAAAAAAAAUUACAGGUUUAUAAUAAUGGUAUUAUUACCAAGC